CGGCAAUGAGAAUGACCUGUUCUUUGAGGAGGAUGGCCCAAAACAGAUGAAGGGCAGCUUCCAAGACCUGGACCUCAGCUCCACAGGAGAUGGGGGCAUCCAGCUUCAAUUCUCCCACCAACUUUACAACAAGACUUUCAAGCAUGUCGUGUCAAUCAUUGUGGCUAUGGAGAAGCUGAAGAAGAUACCCGUUCCCUGCUCACAGGCCUUCCAGGAUGAUGACUUGAGGAGCCUCUUUUCUGUCAUCUUUGAAGAAGAACCCAUCAUCUGCGACAACUGGGAUGAAGGUUAUGUAUGUGAUGCAGCUGUGCAUUCAGUGAACUGCAGACUCCGGGACAUAUACCAUAAAUCCCUGGUGCUGUCCGGUGCAUGCGAGCUGCAGGCUGUCCACCUCAAUGGAGAGAAUACAAACCAACAAGUGGUGUUCUGCAUGAGCUUUGUGCAAGGAGAAGAAGAGACUGACAAGAUACCUGUGGCCUUGGGCCUCAAGGGAAAGAAUCUGUACCUGUCUUGUGGGACGAAAGAUGGGAAGCCCAUCCUGCAGCUGGAGACAGUAGACCCCAAUACUUACCCAAAGAGGAAAAUGGAAAAGCGAUUUGUCUUCAACAAGAUGGAAAUCAAGGGCAACGUGGAAUUUGAGUCUGCAAUGUACCCCAACUGGUACAUCAGCACCUCUCAAGCAGAAAAAAAGCCCGUCUUCCUAGGAAAUACCAGAGGCGGCCGGGACAUAACUGACUUCAUCAUGGAAAUCACCUCUGCCUAAGAAUACUACAUCCAGAGAGUCCACAUGUGAUGAAUAAAGCUUAAGGGUGGCAGAGGGGAAUAGAAGGGUUUGAACAUGCUGCAGGCUGCACUUCACUGUUGUCUAAUCAAUGCCCAGCUGCCUUCCCUAUAUUAGUGCUAAGGAGAGCUCCUGCCCAGCAGGCGGGUGGAGCAGCCCCGUCUCCCAGAGCCAAUCCUCAGACCCCCUCUGCUGAGCAGGGCCUCUCUCACCUCUGCUACUCACUCAAAGUCAGCCUGGUGGAAACUUCUGCACUUCAGUUCAAAGAAACCCUCUGUCGUUUGCACCCAGCUUCUGAUGAGCAACUGCUUAAUUAUUUAUUUAUUUAUUUAUUGGUGGGUUAGGCUAUUUAAUUUAAUUCAAGGUGGCCAGGAAGCAGCACUGUCUGUGAAUGAGCCC